AUGAAGCUGAACAAAUGUAGUGUGGCUCACUAUGCCACCUGCGGCUCGCCCCCAGACAUGAUGGGUUUUCUGUUCAAGAAGGGGGAGUGGAACACAGCCUACCACAGGCGCUGGUUCAUCCUGAAGGGCAACAUGCUAUUCUACUUUGAGGAGUGUGAGAGCCAGGAACCCAACGGCAUCAUCGUGUUGGAGGGCUGCACCAUAGCGGCGAAGAACCAGGCAGCCAUGGAAUCUUGGAUGAAAGCUGUGUCACGAGCCAGCUUCGGCUACAUGCGCCUGGUGGUGUGGGAGCUGGAGGAGAUCCAGGAUGGGCCUGGACGGCUGCAGGGCAUGCCCAAGUCCUCCAGGAAGGUUGUGGCGGUGGCACGCUCCAAAUCAGGAACAUCAUCCAGUGCUGCCCUGGUGCCCUCUUCCCAGGUUACAGGUUCAGCUAUCGCACAGGGGGAGACUCAUACCCUCAGCCUUCAGGAGGAGGUGCAACUCCUUUCAGGCAAUUCUAAAGAGAGUAAGCCCUCUGCUCAGGUCAAUGGGUGCGCAGACUGCCCCCCUCUGGUGUGCCGUGGGAGGGGAACAGAAAUGGGAACGGAGGGGGCGAUGUGGUCAGGCCUCCGCCUGUGCCUCCGCGCAGUAGGGGUGCGUCUCUCUCCUGAGUUUUGCUUCUCCAAAUUUCACGACUGGUACAGAAAAUAG